GCCCUGUCCCUUGUUUCUUUUUUGUCUCUUUAACAGUGCUUGUCGUUUUUCCCACUGCUCCGUCUUUCAUUCCCUUCAUUUAUCGUUUUCUUGCCGUAGAUCUCUUCUUUUGAUCGGAUCCGCGGAGGUUCAGUCUCUGCCUCCGCCGUCCGAUGCGAGUACUUUGACUCCCCGAAGAUUUUUCUGGGUCUCCUUUUUCUCUUUGCGGAGCCGCGAUGGGUCAGUGUUACGGGAAGGUUAAUCAGGUCAAGUACGGCGGCGGAGACGACGGUCACACUACGACGUACGUGGUCUCCGGUGAUGGGAAUCCGAUUACUCCGGUGACUCCCGGAAACGGCAGAGUGUCGUCGGUGAAGAACACUCCGGCUAGGUCCUCCAACCCAAGCCCCUGGCCCAGUCCUUUCCCUCACGGUUCGACGGCGAGCCCACUUCCGGCGGGAGUGUCGCCUUCUCCUGCGAGAUCUUCGACGCCGAGGAGGUUCUUCCGACGGCCUUUCCCCCCUCCGUCUCCGGCGAAACACAUCAAGGCGUCGCUGAUCAAGCGGCUCGGGGGGAAGCCCAAAGAGGGUCCGAUCCCGGAGGAGCAAGGGUCCGAGUUGGAUCAGUCGCUUGACAAGAGUUUCGGCUACGGGAAGAACUUCGGUGCCAAGUACGAGCUCGGGAAGGAAGUGGGUCGAGGGCAUUUCGGUCACACGUGCGCGGCGCGUGGCAAGAAAGGCGAAUUCAGGGAUCAUCCAUUCGCUGUGAAGAUCAUCUCCAAGGCCAAGAUGACAACAGCCAUUGCGAUUGAAGAUGUUCGGAGGGAAGUGAAAAUUCUGAAAUCUCUAUCCGGACACAGGCAUCUGAUCAGGUUUUUUGAUGCAUGUGAGGACGCUAAUAACGUGUACAUAGUCAUGGAGUUGUGUGAGGGUGGUGAACUUUUGGACAGAAUUUUGGCAAGGGGUGGAAGAUACAACGAGGAAGAUUCAAAAGCCAUUGUUGUACAAAUUCUGAACGUUGUUGCAUUUUGUCAUCUCCAAGGAGUUGUGCACCGUGACUUGAAGCCGGAGAACUUUCUAUUUACUUCUAGCCGUGAAGAUUCAGACAUGAAGCUCAUAGAUUUUGGUCUCUCUGACUUUAUCAGACCUGAUGAAAGGCUUAACGAUAUUGUUGGAAGCGCUUACUAUGUCGCACCAGAAGUUCUGCACAGAUCUUAUAGUCUCGAGGCAGAUAUAUGGAGUAUAGGAGUCAUUACGUAUAUACUCUUAUGUGGAAGCCGGCCAUUCUGGGCACGGACUGAAUCUGGAAUCUUCCGUUCCGUGUUAAGAACUGACCCGAACUAUGAUGAUUUACCAUGGCCUUCUGUUUCGCCAGAAGCUAAAGAGUUUGUGAGGCGGCUCCUGAACAAGGAUUACCGAAAAAGAAUGUCUGCCGUUCAAGCUCUGACUCAUCCAUGGUUACGCGAUGAAAAUCGUGGAGUUCCUCUCGAUAUUGUGAUCUAUAAGUUGGUUAAGUCCUAUCUACACGCAACACCAUUCAGACGGGCUGCGCUGAAGGCUUUAUCGAAAGCAUUGAUGGAGGACGAGCUCGUUUAUCUCAGAGCUCAGUUCAUGCUAUUGGAACCAAACAAGGACGGGAGCGUCUCCCUCGAAAAUUUCAGGAUGGCCCUUGUACAAAACGGAACAGACGCCAUGAGAGAAUCGAAGGUUCCCGAUGUUCUUCACACGAUGGAAUCGCUGGCGUAUAGGAAGAUGUACUUUGAAGAAUUCUGUGCAGCGGCCAUCAGCGUUCACCAGCUGGAGGCUCUGGAAACGUGGGAGCAGAUCUCGGCCGAGGGUUUCGAGCAUUUCGAGAGGGAGGGCAACCGGGUGGUCUCGGUCGAGGAACUAGCCAGGGAACUGAACGUGGGGCCGUCGGCUUACGGUCACCUGAGGGAAUGGGUGAGGAGCAGCGACGGCAAGCUCAGUCUCGUCGGCUUCACGAAAUUCUUGCACGGCGUCACCCUCCGUAGCGCUCAUUCCAGACACCGGUAGUGAUUGUCUUUCCUGUCCCCCUAUAUAUAUAUAUGUUCCAGACCAGAGAAGGAUUCAUGUGGCAGAGGAAUACUCUAUAAGGGUAUUUUCGUCCGAUUUUUUUAGUUUUUGUUAUUUUUUAUUUUUUCCCCUUCUUCUGUAUCCUUUUUAUUCGUGAUAUUAUAUAGGGUUUGAGGUACAGGAGAGACAGAUUUAUAUAGAAAAAAGAAGGAAAGAAGAUUGAAAAUUAUGUGCAUAAGGUAGAUUUGAUCGACCUUUUCCCCUAUUUUUGCAUUAUAUAUAAAUAUUUCCAGGGUUUAA